UGUGACACUGGUAAACUCAAUAAAAAUUAUAAUGGGAAUUUGCUUUUGAUUUUCAGGGCCGGUGAGAGCCAACCGGGUGGCCUCCUGGUGUCCGUCAAGCAGGAGAAAGGGGAGAAGCCGCUCGCCGAGGAGGAGCCGGUGAAGAAGCGCGGCUGGCCCAAAGGCAAGAAGCGGAAGAAGGUUCUCCCCAACGGCCCGAAAGCGCCCGUGACGGGCUACGUCCGCUUCCUGAACGAGCGGCGGGAGCAGAUUCGAACCCAGCGCCCGGACUUGCCUUUCCCCGAAAUCACCAAGAUGCUGGGAGCCGAAUGGAGCAAGCUGCCACCCACCGAUAAGCAGCGGUACCUGGAUGAAGCGGAGCGUGAGAAGCAGCAAUACAUGAAGGAGCUUCGGGAAUAUCAGCAGUCGGAAGCCUACAAGGUCUGCGCCGAGAAGAUGCAGGAAAAGAAGAUCAAGAAAGAGGAUGCCGGACCCGGAGGCUUGAAUACCUUACUGAAUGGGUACAAGACCGGUGAAGGUGCCAGUGACAGCUUCUCCUCCUUUGACGUCCCCAUUUUCACGGAGGAAUUCUUAGACCAGAACAAAGCGCGGGAGGCGGAGCUGCGCCGCCUGCGCAAGGCGAACACGGAGUUCGAGGAGCAGAACGCGCUGCUGGAGCGGCACACGCGGAGCAUGAGCUGCGCCAAGGAGCGGCUGGAGCAGGAGCUGGCCGCCGAGGAGAGGCAGGCCCGGGACCUCCAGGCCCAGCUCCAGGCCGUGCGACAGGCCCUCGCACGCUCCUUCGCCAGCCUGCCCCUCCCAGGGACUGGAGAGACCCCAACCCUGAAUACUUUGGAUUUCUACAUGGCCAAGCUGCACAGCGCCAUCGAAAGCAACCCAGCUCAACACGAGCGGCUGGUGGUCCGCGUCAAGGAGAUCCUGUCCCGCAUCGCAAGUGAACAUCUAUGAACGGAUUCAUUUAUUCUCCGCCAUCCGGAUUCGCUUCUCUUCGCCUUUUAUUUACAUUGAUUUGCCUUCAUUCUCAACCAAUACAGAACAUUAAUUAUAUAUAUUCAAUAGGCAAAAAUCAAUGUAUUUAAUAGCAAACCCUCUUUUCUUAUAGAACCUUUGCUUUUUCCGAAUGGGAAAAAAUAUAAAUAAUAUUCCUGUUUAAUGUACUAGUUACAGCUUUCUUUCUCACUGAAUGUUCUGUGCAAUGUAUGGAGGGGAGAGAAUUAUAUAUAUAUAUAUAUACAUUUCUAUAUAUAUAUAUAUUAGCAAUAUAAUAAGAUGUAGUUCUAUUUCUUCUAUGCCUUUUUCUAAAAUAAAAGGGAAAAAAAUAUAAAUCUCA